UUAUGUGACGAGGUCUUUGGGUAUUUUUGGUCAAACUCUUUACUAACUGCCAACGACUUUGGCCAGUGAAGAGUAACUCUGCUGCUGCGGCUGGCUGGGCAUCGUUGGCUUUUGGCAGCAGUCAAAGCAGCAGCAACGGCAGCGACAGCAGCAGCAGCAACAAGAGCAACUACAACCGGGCAGCAGCAACUAUGGAUUCAGCCGCAGCUCUACCUUCAGAAAAGUCUGCAGUUUCAGUCGCGCGUCGUCGCUUUGAACGUGAGGUUGAAAUCCCAGUUAGCAGAGCAGCAGAAUACGUUUACAACGACUUGUGCGGCCAAGAAGCAUCAGCUAAAAGCGACUGGCGACAACAUGGAAACCUAUUUGACGGAGAUCAAACAGUUGCGCAUACCACGCCCGAAAUUCGAGCCCAACAGUUGCCAUCAGCAGCACCACCAUGCGGUGACAGCGGCCUCGACCACGCCCACAUCCACGCCCAUCCAGCCGCCCCCGCCCCUGCACCACCGGCAGUGGCGACACUUUGUGCGACCCUUCACGCCGCCACGCGAUUACCAUCUACCCAUGAUGGCCGACGGCUCCAUGCACGACAAGAUGUGAGGAGUAGGACCUCACAUAGCCGACUGGCUAGGCAAACAUGCUGCCCAUACAUAACCCCCGUAGGAUAGUGCUUAAGCUUAGCGUUAGACUAGUAAACGUACUAUAGAUACAGAUACAGUUACAGAUACAAAGAAUAAAGAAUAAAGAAUACAAAAAUUGA